AGAAACUUAUGCUAAAACGAAAACGGAAAGUUUUGCUCGAAGAGACAAAGUUAAAAGAGACCGCGUUAGUGCUUUCGCGUCUCUUCGUUGUCGUCGAGAAAAGACUUUAAUACAGCGAUUAUAUAAAGAGAAUUGUUUCUCUCUCUUUCUCGCGUUCGACUCGCAGCCCGCUCUCUUUCCUCGUCACGACGUCGCAUCACGCGCUGCCAUUAAUACGUUAGGCCUUACGGCAGCACGGUGCGCUCGCGCGCACCCGCGAGACUCCGUAAGUCGCGAGUUCUUUCAGCGAGUUCUCUCAGCUAUGCACUUUCGCUCCUCGCCGUUGCGGCUGCUGAGUACGAUGGUGCAUACUAGUGCUCGAUAUCCGGACGACUUUUUCCAUUGCACGAGGAGGCGCGUCUAAGAGCUUACAGGAGGGAUACGUGCCGAGCCUUUGUUCUGGAUUUCCAGGACGAAGCUGUCCGUCCUCGUCCUUAAACAAAAUGUCGAUUAUAAUGCAAUACGUGGACCGGUUCCACGAGAUCUUGGACAAACACGCAGAUACACGAACGACAAAUUGGCUGUUGAUGAGGUCUCCCUUUCCCACUCUAUUCAUAUGUCUUACUUACAUAUACAUCGUCAAAGUUUUGGGACCAAAGCUGAUGGAAAAUCGAAAGCCCUUUCAACUGACGAACGUUCUCAUAGUUUAUAAUUUGUUGCAAGUGAUCUUCUCGGCGUGGCUCUUCUACGAGUGCCUGAUGGGUGGAUGGUGGGGCCACUAUAGUUUCCGUUGUCAACCUGUGGACUAUUCGAACAGCCCGACCGCAAUAAAGAUAGGAAUGUCCGGAUGGCUGACUGGAGAGUAUUCUCUAAAGUGUCAACCUGUAGACUACAGUGAACGACCCCAAGUACUAAGGAUGGUGCACGCCAGUUGGUGGUAUUACUUCUCGAAAUUUACGGAGUUCAUGGACACGAUCUUUUUCGUACUGAGAAAGAAGAACAACCACGUGUCGACGCUUCACGUUAUCCAUCACGGCUGUAUGCCGAUGUCCGUCUGGUUCGGCGUUAAAUUCACUCCUGGCGGUCACUCGACCUUCUUCGGAUUACUGAACACGUUCGUGCACAUCGUCAUGUACACGUACUACCUACUCGCCGCUCUAGGGCCAAGAAUUCAGCCGUACCUCUGGUGGAAAAAGUAUCUUACGGCUUUUCAAAUGAUUCAAUUCAUAGCAAUAAUGGUACACGCCUUCCAAUUGCUCUUCAUCGACUGCGAUUACCCGAAAGCCUUCGUCUGGUGGAUCGGCAUGCACGCCGUUAUGUUCUUCUUCCUCUUCAACAAGUUCUAUCAGCAGAAUUAUCAACAAAAGAGGACAGCCAGGAAGAUGGCCAGUAAUGGUAUUACAAACGGCAGAGCGAACGGCGUCAUGUCGAACGGCAAUAUCAGUGCCAGCAACGGCACGAUAAGAAGGGACGCUGCGGAUUAUUACGUUAAGGGAGAGAGUUUAGCAGCGACGGAAUUCAAUCUUCGAAAAGGUUAUCUUUUGAACGAGUGACCCAAGCAAGAAGUUCAUCGUAAUCGUCGCUGUUCUUCCUCUUCUUUGCCACCAAAUGCCUUCGAAUCACAUCGACAACUCGUUAAAACGAUAACCGCAACGUGGAUCUCUCCUCCUUGGCUCCUCCAUUUUCCGCACUCGAUAUUUCAUAGUUUUAUUAUCUUUCUUUCUUCGGCCCCUCGACAACUCCCCGCUCCCUCUAACCUUUCCCUUCCUCUCUCUCUUCCUUGCCCUCGUAAGCAUCUUUUCAAAAUCGACCGAGAUAAAAGGAAAAUAAUUUUUAUUCGACCGAAAUUCGCUUUCUCGUCUGCCUUGCUCUUCCUUCCUCUCUAUCCCGUUUCAAAGAUAUACGCGUAUAUCGUUGGAUGACACGUGUCUUUUUAAAGAGGAACCUUUUUAAAAGGGAAGCGCGCGUACGUGCGUAUAACAAAAGCACGUGCUUACGAGUACGUAAUCGACAAGGACGAUCGCGUCUCGCGAUAUCGUCCCUCGCGGGAUUUCUUUUCUUUCUCUCCUUUCGAUCAAAUGAUAAUAAUUAAUCGAUACGUUUAAUCGACGCGUUUCCGUAUCUUGGAAAUACUUUACCGCAAAACUCUCGCUAUCGAAGGAAUCGUGACGUUGGAAGGAAAUCCUCUUAGAGAUCGGUUAACUUUCUUAUUCCAUCGUUCUUUUUACUCGUUUCCUCGUUGCAUUCCAUGAGAUUCGCGAUGUGAAUAUUAUUACUCGACUUGCUCGAGCGAAUAGCUUCGAGAGAAUAUCUGGCUCGUUAAAGUGGAAUAUAUAGGUGAGCUCGCGAUGCGUCUAAUGUUGUACAUAAUAAAUGAACGGGCAGUAAUGUUAAACGAUGAGGAACAACGCAACCGUGUAAGCGUAGCGACUUGUCGUGUCGUCGUGUCUCGCGCGUCCACGCGAAUCUGUCUGUGCGCGUGUGUGAAAAAGAAUGCGUGCGUGCGUGCGUGCGGGCGGCCGUGCGUGAAUGUCAUGACGUCGCGCAAAGCGAAGGAAACCGUGGUCUCUAUGAUGUUUUUCAAAAAAAAUAAAAAAACGAAACAAAAAAUUAUAUAUACACGCACGCACGCACGCGCGCACACGCACACACAUAUAUAUAUAUAUAUAUAUAUAUAUACAUAUGCGUAUAUGUGCGCGUGCGCGCGUGUAUGUAUGACUCGAGGGACGAUCAUACUCCUGGUUCCUCGUUCACACCGGCUCGUUCGAUUUUUCGACUUCAUCUUUAUUCGCAUCACGUUGUAUUGCGACCACCAAUUUCGCUCGCUUUGGAUGUCUCUCGUACAGCCCUGUAUAUAGAUAGAUUAGUUUUGUAUUAUCUAGAAAGAUCGAGGUAUAUGAUGGUAUGCCGUCAAUACGCUACUAAUAAAAUGAUAUAUAUAUAUAUGUAUGUAUGUAUGUAUGUAUAUGUGUAUAUACAUAUAUGAGAAAGAAUUAAAGGGGAUGAUUAUGCGGUUACUUUCUCGAGAAUACAAUCUCUCGAGAUAGUAAAUAAGCGCACAAUAAUCGUAAUUAAUGUGCGCGUGCAUAUUUGUGUAUACAGAUGUUAACACUCGUCGAGAUCAAAGAAAUAUUGUUUUACAUAUUUGCGGCUAUGUACAUAAGGAUUCUUCGAUAAUGCGCCCUCUACAAGUAAUAUCUUUUCAAAAGAUAACUUUAUUAUUACUUUCUUUUUCUCUCUGCCCAAAAACGAUCGUUCGUUCGUCCCUCUCGUUACGUUUGAACGAGAUCAAGAUCUCUAUUAAAAGGAAAGAAAAUAAUAAUAAGGAGAACUCGAUUAUUCUUCUUUCUAUCGGCAGGGAGCUUGAAGUUGUGUUGUUACAAGUAUUCCUCCGUAUCCGAGAGCCGACUUAUUGUAUCACGCGUGUAUACUGCCUAGUUUGUAUUUGAAACAUUCGGUCGAAUCGGGGUGGGUUACUAAAGUAGGAGAGAAUUGUACAAUAUUAUAUUCUUAUAUAGGGGUAUGUUUUAUAGUCAAGUUUAUGAAUUUGCGGUGGGUCCUUUCGCGACACAUGAUGUAUUUUUGUUAAUAAUAAAAUACUACGUAUUACUGGAA